GGGGGGGGGGGCCCCAACCCCCAUGUGUGCAGGACAUGUGCGACGGCCGCGAACAAGAGCGCGGGGCCGGGCCUGGGAUCGGUCACGUGUCACGUCACUGGCGCACAGGAUCAAGAAUCGUCCCAGCUAACGUCGACUGUCGGGUGCCGUUCCCAGUGGGCCGACGAGCGGUGUGCCGGCCCGCGGUGCUGGUCGUCAGAGGGCUGUGACAUGGGUGUGCCGGGCACCGGCAGGGCAGUGUCCCCAAGGGAGGGGAGCAGUCGUUGCGGCGAGAUGCGUGGCGAGUCUGGCAGCCAGGAUCCCGGGGCGCCAGCCGGCGGGGAGGACCCCGGCGAGGGCAGCAGAGCAUGCAGGGCGGAGGCCCGGGGCUGGGGCUCGGCGGCACUGAGGGGGGCGUGCCAAGGAUCGUCCGGCAGGAGGGACGCCAGGUGGGCCGAUGCCGGGUGUGAUGGAGCAAAGUCGAAGGAGAGGGCCGCACUGGAUGCGGAGUGCGACACCGGGGCCGGGUCCAGGUACGGGAUGUCCGAGUAGUGCGAGGAGGAGAGCAGCAAAUCGGUGGACAGCUCCUGGAAGGAGUAGUCCCCGAUGGAAGGCAGGUCGAAGGAAAGCUCCGAGACCGCGGUGGAAGCGGCCAACGCCGCCCCGGGGUCGAAAUGGAAGUCCCCCCCCUCGGCGGGCGGGGCUUCCUCGUAUGGCUCGAAGGAGGAAAGCGGGGACGAGGGCUCCGGGGCCAGGUCGAAGGACAAAUCCGGGGGGGCGCCCGGCCCAUGGGUGUCCGGGCCCAGUGAGCCGGCCACUUGGGCAGGGCAGCUGGCUGGGCGUGUGGCGGCCGUGCUGGCCGGAUCCGCCGGGGGCGGGGACUGCCCGGCCGCGGUUUGCGGGCGACUGCGUGGCGGCCGAGCGGUCCAGGACUCGCAUGCCGGCGGCGGGGGAGAGGCCGGCCGAUCGAGCGGCCGGGCAUCUGCCACCGGCGAAGCAAGAGCCUGGCCGGUGGCCUGCGAGGAGGACCGCACCGGGGAGCAGGCGGCUGAGGGCAAGGCCGCCGGCGACGGGGCCACGCCCGGCGGGCCGGUCGGUGGAAUGUCCGAGGCGGCUGAACUGAAGCUAAAGCGCCGGCGGCGGGCUGGCGGCGCCGGUUCCUGGGCCGGGCGCCGAGGGCGCUUGGUGGGGGCCUCGCUCGGCGCCGGGUCGGCCGGCGCGAGGGACAGGCGGAAGAAGACCGCCGUGUCCCCCUGCCGCGAGCAAGAAAGCCGCCCCUCCUGGAGAAGGUCGCGCAGAGUGGCAUGCGGCGCUCGGCCGGCCUGCAGCAUGGCCUGGACAUUCGACGACCAGACCACCUCCGGCGGCUUGCGGUCAUCGUCCAGGUGGCGAAGCCCCGAAAGGAAGGUCAGCUCCAGCGCGGCCGGAUCCGGCGGGCGCUGGCCCGGGGUGAGCAGGAGCUUGGCCUCGGCCGGCGCGAGGGGGUCUUGCAGCCGCCACCGGGAGCCCAGGUGCGCAUGUAGCCGAGCCAAGCGCCGGUCGCACGAGGAGGCCAGCCGGAUGAGGGGCUUGAAGCCGCGCUCGGCCACAAGGGCCUGGGUGCCCAGGUCCGCCGGGAUCAGGUACAGCUGGAGCUCUGGGGGUGGGUCCCGGUCGGCUGGCGGCCGAGAGGCCGGCGGUCCAAGCAGCCGCGUGGCGAUCUGCCCCAAUUGCUCCAGGCUGUAGGCCGGCUGCCGGCCGGGGCCGGCCGAGAAGUCGACCUCCAUCGGGGAGAAGGGCCGGGAAAAGAAACGCGCGGUGACGGAGGGCGAGGAAGUGGGGCGCAGCGAGGGAUGGGAGGGUCAGGGGGAGGGGGGAGG